AUGCCGGGAGGAAGAGACAUGCCUUAUUGUCAAGCUCUUGAUGGAGCACCCAAUACCCGUAUACGAAACUUUGUCGGAGGUGGGGGUAUCUAUUUAGGCAUUUGUGCUGGUGCCUAUUAUGGCUCACAACACAUCGAAUUUGAAAAGGGUCGCGCAUUCAUGGAAAUCAUUCAGUCUCGUGAAUUAGGCUUUUAUCCGGGUCUCUCUCGAGGAACAACCUAUCCUGGAUUUAUUUACAAUAGUGAAAGUGGAGCUCAAUCCGUCACUGUGGUGUUGGAAGGACCUGAAGAUUUGCCACGAGAGAUCAACAUGUAUUAUAAUGGGGGUGGGUAUUUUGUGGAACCUGAGAAAUAUGAAAAUGUCACGGUCCUGGGUCGAUACAAGACACCCAGUGUACUUUGUAAAGAACCGAAAGGUCCUGCUGCUAUCGUUCAAUGUAAAGUGGGGAAAGGAAAUGCGAUUUUAAUUGGAACACAUCCAGAGUACGAUAUUUCAUCACAAGAUAUGUUGCUCACGGAUGACAAUGUCAGUGUUACACUAAAAAGCAUUGUUCAUGAUUUGAUCUUAUCAGAGAAAGACCGAAGAUCUUUCCUGGCUUCUCUAUUUGCUCGUAUUGGGCUCCAUGUACGGAUGCAUGAAGAACCGGUGGUACCCCAUGUGACACCACUUUAUUUAGCAGGCUUGACAAAGGAAUGGGUACAAAAACCUGUUUCUCACUUGUUGCGAAUUUCGGAUCCCAUCACACAUUUACUUGAGGACAAACAUGAUAUCUUUCAUAUGUCUACUAUCGAAGAUCCACCGAGUGAAAAAGUUAAAUUGCUCAAUGUAUGUCGAUUAAAAGAAGAAAAGCCUUCCUUGGUUGAAAUCAUUUAUCCACGAUCCAUCGAUGCAAAAGAACCCAUCUACCCAUCACUAUCACAUACACCUUGUUUCGAUAUGAAGGUCUAUUUUCAACAUUUGGUUCAAAAACGAACGCUUGAAUGGGGAGGAGGUGCGUGGUUAAGAUUUGGAAAUGGUAUUCUGUAUGCUCAAGUCAUGGAGAGUACCCAAUCUUUGAUGGACAAAAAUUUUAAGUUCUCGCAAGCUUUACCGUCGGGUUUUAUAACACUUGCAACCAACCAGAUUGCAGGUAGAGGGAGAGGUAGAAAUGAAAGGUCUGGUGGGUAUGAAAAUAUUCCACUCAGGUUGAAAUGGCCCAAUGAUAUAUAUGUAGAAACAAAGGAUGGACUCAAGAAAGUAGGAGGGUUACUUAUCAAUUCAACUUUUGUGGAUGAUGAAUUUGUCCUGGUCAUUGGCUGCGGUAUUAAUUUGUCGAAUCGUGAGCCCACUGUAUCGAUCAAUGAUGUGAUUGAGACACAUGGCUUGAGUAGACUCUCUGUAGAAGAUGUUUUAGCAGGCAUCCUUGUGAAAUUUGAAAUCUAUUAUACCGAAUUUUGUGAAAAGGGAAUGGGAGCUUGUGAUGCUGUGGUUACUUUGACAACGCAUAAUAAUGAAAGUGUCAAGAUUAUCGGCAUCACGUCAGAUUAUGGUAUGCUUAAAGUAGAGAGUUUGGAUCGACGGGGGAAAAUCUACGGUCUUUUACCAGAUGGAAAUAGCUUUGACAUGAUGAAUGGGCUUUUAGUGCAAAAGAAAUAA